GAUCAACAGUUGAAAGUGCUGGAAGUACGCAGAGCGCACAUCAGCGCAGUUGUCAAGUGCCUCAAAUUGUACAACGAAAUUGAGUUAAAUUCCAAAUCCGUCAACAAUGUCUUUGAACACCGCCCACACCAAUGACGGCGUGCUCAUCCACAUGGGCGAACAGAUUUUUCUAUUCUGCGAUGAUGUCACCAUGGAAUUUCAUCAUGUGGAGCAGGAAGUUUUUCGUGGAUCUAAACGAGGUCGCCUCUAUCUGACAACCCACCGAAUGAUCUUUACCAACAAGAAUGCAUCAGACAAAUUGAUGUCAUUUUCAUUCCCAUUCGUCAGCAUUAGUGAGGUUGAACUUGAGCAGCCUGUUUUCGGAGCUAAUUACAUCAAAGGCAAGGUCCGGGCGCAACCCAAUGGAAAUUGGGUGGGUGAAGCCAAAUUCAAGCUCAUGUUCAAGUCCGGUGGAUGCAUUGAGUUUGGACAAGUUCUGCUGAAAGCUGCGCAAAUGGCGAUGCGCAUGGGCCCUCCGGAUUAUGCUCCUCCACCCUAUGUGCCCCCAACUGGACCGUGGUACGCUGCUCCAGCACCUGCAUACGCCCCCAAUCCUACGGGCUACUAUGGCUGGGUACCACCAACAGAUGCAUUUCCGCAUGCCCCUGCAGCAAAUACCGUCUUCAUGACGGACAUGCCCCCUCCGUAUCCAGGUAUCAAUGGCUACAAUGGCUACGCUAAUGCCCCCUCUGCCCCUGGGGCUGCCGGCUUCACAAUGCCUCAAAAUACCUCCUCUCAGGAUGCCAAAGCAGCUGAGGCAGCUCAGAGUGCCUACUACGAUCCAAACAAACCACAGAGUGCGUGGGUACCACCACCUUCCUACUAUGAACCUCCUCCAUCCUACCACCAUGCAACUGGCAAGAAAGAUCAGUAGAGUUCUUUCAUGUGAGAACUACAUGAAUGUUUGAGUGUAAGCAGUUCUGUCCAUCAAUAGUUGUGAAAUUUCUUUGUUCUGUGGCCUUGGUUUACAAGUAAUGUAACAAACAAUUUGGAAGGAGAGAAAAUUAUGAAAAGUAAUACAAUCUAAGAUGGCUGUUCAGUGAUCUUUUGUUUUGUGAGGUAGUCUCGCAAAUUAUUAUUGUUUAGUAUGUCCCUUAUUUUGUGCCUUUCUGGAUUCGGUUUUGGUACUUUUUAUUCUAAAAUGCUGUAAUCUUAAGUGUCAUGAGUAAUGUUUUCAAUCUUGGACCAUAUUAUGUAAUGUUAAGGCUUAAUGAUAGAAUAGCAAAAAUUCAUUUGUUUGGCUUAUCAUGUUAAUGCAGAUGAGAAAGAAUGUGCAUGCAAUAUUUUAUUACAAUCUCACCCUUUUUAUUAGUUGUUUUGUUGGUAGAUUUUGUCUAGAAGUCCCUAGCUUUUAACUGUGACAACAUUCAGAAUCUAUGAAGUUACUGUAAAAUGACAUGAUACCACUUGACGGUUUUUGCAAGUUUUAGAAGCAAUUAAUAACAUUAAAUUACAUCACUUUGCUUUGCUGAUGUCCAAAAGACGAGAAAAGUAGCACAAAGCACUUAUAGUUUUAUUAGUUGCAAGGUUCUUCAUCCCUUUUCUUUCAGAUUUUAUAUUUAAUAUUGACUGAUCGGAAUUGGAGGUGAUGUGGAGUGCUCAUAUUACAUAUGUAGUGAUUUGUUAAUGCUAUGAGAAAGGUUUGUAAUGUUUUGAAAAGAAGUGUAAGGUUCAUAGAUUUUUCUUAAUCUUGUUUUCAAACAAAAUUAAUCCAAACAAUGUUACUGACUCAGUUUUCCACAAUUAUAUCAUUGGAUUAGGCCUCAUUCAUUUUGCCCAGUGGUGUUCACGUGUUUGAUUUGCUCUUAUUUGAAGUUGUCAAAUCGCAGUUACUGAAAUACUUUUAUGUGAUACUCAUGUUAUUCUGUAUCUAAAUUUACUGCACUAGCCUGUGAAUAUUCUUUUGAAGAGGCAACUCCCUAUUGAAGGUUGUAUUUAACCUGUGCACAUACCAGUUUGUGAAUUAAGUGUAUGAUAUACUUCAAGAGCCUGAUAAAGGUUUUGUUUUUGUUAAAAUUUUAUGAUGAGCAUGCCUGCUUUAGUGAGUUUGAGGUGGGAAUUGCUGAUUGUUAAUGUUGAUUUUGAUAACUUCUAUUGUUCACUUUAAUAUAUUCUUGUAUUGUGAAUUAUCUCCAAAGAUUGCAUUCUUGCAAAGCCAGUUAUUAUACUCCAUGCUUCUCUUUCAUUAUGAAGAUCCAUAGUAUUUUGUUUUUAUUUGAUUGAAGCAACUUGGUUAAAUAAGCCGGUUAUCGGUGCUGUGAUUUUAUCAUUAUAUUAUGUAGCAGUGUCUCGUGCUGUACUGUACUCUUAUUUUUAUCAUCCUAUUUUCUAUAAUAUGUUUGCCUCAUGUUAUAAAAGUGUAUUCCGCUUGUUAAUUCAUUGAAUGUGAAUAAACAUUAAUUAUUGGUUGCUAA